ACAAAAAAAAACCUCCAAUUAAGAUGUUGGUGCGCGGCUAUUGUGUGUGUGUAAUGUGUAAUGACGACGAGUACGAGAUUUGUGUUUUAAGAUAAACAAAUUUAGCGAGGGAAUCGUGACCAUGAGCCGCGCGAGUGUUAAUUUUUUCUUCCCCCCCCAGCCCGAGGGAAACAAUUCGCUGCUGCGUACGGACAAAAAAAAAGUUCCGCCCUCGCUUCGCCGUUCGUCGCAUCGGCCACGUCAUUGUUCCUUGCGUUGCUUAAUUAGACAUUAAAAUUGUCGUUGUUUUCGACGAUAUUUGUGCAGGUGUGGUCGGUAUUGAUCAGAUAUGUCGUAUAACCCUGUUGGGUAUUAUGCGAAUGUGUCGGAGAUUCAACAAAGGCUACACAGCAGUGAGAAAAAAAGAUUGGAGCUGGAAAGAAAGUUAUUUGCAUACAGCAAAUCAGACCACAGAAUUUCCAGGCUGAAGGUGACCAAGCUCCAGGACUACCUGCGGGAGGUGUGCGGACGCGAGCAGGCAGCUCGUCAUCGAAACCAGAAGCUGCUGCAGGAUUGCGAUCGAAUCGACGCACAGGAGACCUCGCUCGCGGUCCGCACGGACACUCUACGCCGUGUGAAGCUGGAGUAUGAAAAGCAGGUGGAACAGCUCUAUCCAUCUUGGAAAGAGCAGCUGGGAAAAAAAAGACAAGAAGUCCUCCAGUGCGCAGGAACAAAACAAGACAAUGACAAUGAUUCCACUCCGUCGUUUUCCCGACUGCACCAUCCAGCUGAAGGGUUCAUUGAUCAUUAUGGAUUAGGCAAAAGAGCAGAUAUUAUUGGGCUCAGUGUGCCCACAUAUCAAAGACACACACUGCCUGGGAUGUCUCUGGGCCUUGGUCAUCAUUUACCAGCUGCUGCCUCAACUCCAAAUAUUGGUCGACAGCUCCAUUUCCCCGAUGAUGGCCCCUUACUUGAUGGCGGGAUUGUAAACGAUGAAGCCAGUUUUGGCCCAAACUACCAAAGGAGGUAUGCAAUGCGUCCGGAAUCGCAAGAAAGAUCGUCGAGUGAACUUUCGGAUGUGAAUGGCAGUAGACCGUUGGAAAGGUCGCAGGGAAAUAGUGGCCACACCAUGCAGACUGCCGUGAAGGCAGCUGUAGACCCAGCACUUCAGAAUGUGGAUUCUCGUUCACCAGAGACAGAUGGUGACUCGUCUGAAGAAGGUGCAUCCAGAGUGGAAAAUGGUUCACAAGAUUGGUUUGGCAAAGAACAGCCUACCCAGGUGGAGUUUUUGACGUCUGUCAGAGACAGCGGUGCAUUGAGAAAGGGACAUUUAAAGCAACCUUCAGAGAUGGGCAGUAGUAGCUCUGGGGCACAGCGGCACGUGACCUAUCAGCUGGACUCAAGGCCUGACCAGACAUCAACUCCAAAUACAGCCAGGACCACAAGCUUUGAGGCACAAGCUUUCACUCUGCUGCUCCCAGUAGAGGGAGUAGUAAUACAACACGGAGACCUUUCCUCUUCUGAUACGUUUCCAGUGGAAAAUUUCAAUGCGGACCACCCACUAUCAGCAGACAAACACACCGCUGAUGAGAGGAACGACCAAGACGAAAAUGUGUUUGCAAGCGAAAAAACAGAAGAUGAAAGCUUAAGUGCAUGUGUAAGGUCAGAGUUGACGGUGUCGGGGCUUUUCUACCUCCUGCAAACCAUUGAGCAAACGCUGGGAUACUGUGAGGAAGCAGGUGGCUCUCAGCUGUAUAUCUCUACUGCGGUCCGCCCUGCUGACAUGGCACAGGUUAUAAGGUUUUCCAAUAGUGGCGGUGGCUCUUUGGAAGAAGAGCGGCCAGAGCUGAGCAUGCUGGGAGCUGUGGUUCUGCAGCAGCUGCAGAGGUUCUCCCAAGAGACUACUGAUGGUUGCCUGCUGCCAGAGGGACUACUCACUGCAGACCUGACUGCAGUCACUGCGGACACACUACGAGCCCACCUGCAAGUGGAUUCGGGGCUGUUGUGGGAGCGCUGGUACAAACACGCUCUUCAUCUCAUCCACCAUGGGGCCCUGUCCACCAGUGACAUCGCCACUCUCUUUGGGCCACUCCUUGUCUCUGAAACUUGUGAGCAUCUCCCCAAGGCAGUAGAACUCCUGAAAAAUCUUCUAGAAGGAGAAGAAGCAGUUUCACCCGACAGGUCUUUGAGUCGGGCAGCCUCAGAUGACUCGGGAUCUCUGUCCAAGAGCGACAGACUUAGCCAAGCCCAGCUGGUUAAAACCCUCGAGUCACAAGCAUACCUGCAGAUGCGACAAUGUAUACUGAAGCAGGAUACCCUUGAUGACAAUGCCCCUUCACUGGAUCCAAAGGAAUCAAGUGCAGAGAAAUUGUCGAGGAAUGAUGGCACACAAGCUGAAUCUGAUGACGAUGAUGAUGAUGACAUAGAAGCAUUGUUAUCUCCAGGUCGACAGAAAAGUGUCCAAUCAAGGGAUCUGGAAGGGGCAGUGCAGCUUUCACCCGGAGCUUCAGGCAGUAGGAGCAGCCCCGUGAAAUCAUCCGACGACGGACGAUCCAAAACUCCAUCACCCAAACCUCUUACGGUCAACACGGAGCACUCCCCACCAAAUAAAGCGGCUGGCACUACGCCCCCGCGGGGACCAAGGGAAUCGCAGACCACUGCAGCCACAGGAUUUAAUAAGAAAGCAUUCUGGGGCGAUUCGGACGACAGUAUCUCAGACGCUGAUGUCAUCCUGAGUCCACGUGGUCAAGAAGCAAGGGCAGAUGACUUUGAUGACUUUUACGAUUAAAGGUUUUUAGCGAGGCUUGAACAAUGAAUGUGGAUGCAUUUAUAUUUUGUUAUGCUUUUUGAUGUGCUUUACAUUAUCCAGUGCUACUGUAAUUUAGUUAUGCAUUUUCACAACAAUUAUUUAAAUUUGUAUUGUUCUGUCUCUUCAUUUUGCAAGGCUUUGUCGCCGUCUUAUUGGUAUCACCAGUUGUAAGGUUUACCUCCUUCAGUUUGUAGUGCUGGAGUAAUAAUAAUGACCUAUAAAUACAACCCUUUGCCAAUCUAUUCCUGGAGAAAGGCCUCCCCCUGAUAUCGUGUCAGAGCCAGUUGUUUGAUCAUACUUCACCACAUUGGUCUGCAGUGUGGGCUGGUCAAGGUGGGUGUCGGGGCCAGUUAAGAUAUCACUCUUCCAGUACACUCGGCCAUGGAUGGACAUCGAACUCGGAUCGCCAAGUUUGUAUCCCAGCGAGGGAACUACUGGGCCACAUUAUCACACCACGUUGAUUUAGUCCUCGUUAUUUUCCUGCGAAAAUGGGAAUUGUCUUUAGUGGCUGUGCCGGUGAUUCCGUUAACAAUGGGAAAUAACCCGUGCCUUCAUGCGAUUGUCUCGAGUGAAUGCGUUUCUCGGCAUGCACUGCCGACCCGGUGACUCGAUCGUCAAAAACGGCCACGGCCACUGUGGGAGGGAUGUGACUGAACCUCCCUUGCGUUUGCUGUGCGAAAAUUGAAAGCAUCAAGCUGGUUCAUUUUUUUUUAAAGGCUUGGGUAUGGGAUUUGGCCACUGAAUGCUGAUUGGUUGUUGCCAGGCCACGCCCAGUCAGCCAGCGUCAUCAUUCCAGAUUAUGUGCAAAGGAGAGACUUAGCGCUGGAGAGAUGGGUCAGAGACUUAACAAUUUCAAAAGAUUUUGAUUUUAAUUGCAAUGAUUUAUGAAGUUGACCUUGCGUUAUGGAAUAAACUUAAACGUUUAAACUGUUUAAAAUGUUAUUCCACCACUUUAAAGAUAAUCAAAUAUCCAGGAUAAUGUUUAAUAUUAAAGAUGUGUACAUUUCGAUUUAAAGCUUUCGUGACUGCAGGGAUUCAUCUUCUUGGUUCUUUCGGUAAAGUCACCACGUAGAAGGGAAAUAAUAAAAUAUUAAAAAUAAAGCAUAAUAAGAUAGAGUAUUAAUUAUUUCAUUAUUUCCCUUCGACGCGACUUUACCGAAAGAACCAGGAAAAAGAUGUGUAAGUUAAUUUAGCCUUCCUGAGAAUGGCCUACGUUGUCUUAUAGCAGUGUAAUAUUAGUAAGAUACUUAACUCAUGACCACAAUGGAAUACAUGAAAUGUUUCUCAACAUGAAAUAAUCCAUAGGAGGUUUUUGGGUUAGUUUGCUUAAAUAUGAAUGUAUUGUUAAACCCGCCACCACCCGACACAGCCAAUUAGUAAUGUUUGUCACGUAAACAAAAUGUGGCAAUUCCUUACGAGUUCAGCACACCGGUGUGUUGGAGAGUAAACCACAAAAUUUACCCUCCAACACACCAGUGUGCUAUACUAGUAACGAAUUGGCAUGUUUGUUUACAUGACAAACCUUACUAAUUGGUUGUGACGGGUUUAUAUUUGCUCGAUCUAACUCAAAAGAUAAUAUUAAUGGCAAAAUGCGACUACGUUCAUUUGCAAGGCUGCAAAUUAGUCUAGAAAAGUUUUCACGUUUGAAAUCCUUGACUUAUGUUGUAAUUUACUUAAUAAUUUUAAUAAAUAAAUGCGCACCCCAAGA